GCCAUGUUGGGAACAUUAGAAGGGAACCAACACCACGACCAGAAAGACGGGAACAUCUAGGUUCGGCAGCGGCGUGUCUUAACACCUUAACACCACCACCAUGGCUGACCCGGAAAAACAGCCCGAACAACCAAAGGCUGUCCAGCAGAAGCUGCUCAUCGCUAAGAAAGUGACCGGGACUGUGAAGUGGUUCAACGUGAAGAGUGGGUACGGAUUCAUCAACAGAAACGACACCAAGGAGGAUGUGUUCGUGCAUCAAUCGGCCAUCGUCAAGAAUAACCCAAGGAAGGCUGUGCGUAGCGUCGGUGACGGAGAGGUGGUCGAAUUCGACGUGGUAGUAGGGGACAAGGGUCAUGAAGCGGCCAACGUAACCGGUCCUUCCGGGGAGCCGGUAAAGGGUUCACCCUACGCUGCCGAUAAGCGACGCGGACACCGCGGACUUCAUUGGUACAGCAACCAGAGACGUGGAAACGGUCGGCCGCAACGUAGACCUCGAGAGGGUCAAGAGGGUUACGAUGGCGAAGGCAAGACCGGGGACGAAGCGAACGCAGGAGACGCUGGCGGUCAGCAACGACGUUACAGAGUUCGACGACAGUACGAUGGGUAUUAUCGUGGUGCGCGACGCUCCGGUCCGUCGGCGCAGCAGCAAGGAGACAACGGGGAAGCUGGCGAGCAAGGUGGCGAGGGUGGCGGCGAAGGCGGCGUGCCACGAGGCGGUGGCCGCGGUCGCGGAGGACCAACUCGUCGUUACUUCCGUCGCAAUUUCCGUGGAGGAAGAGGCGGCGGACCUCCGCGUCGUCCUCGCAGCCAGGACGGCCAAGUAAAAUCGGAGCAGAAGUCGGAUGCACCUAAAGAUAAGGAUGCACCUGCCGCUGCCCCUGCUCCACAGGAGAGUCAACCGGUCCAGAACACCACCACCGAAAGCACCGCUUAACCAAGAGUAAUGGUACCACUACAACAAAAACACUCCUUUUAAUAUGUAACAGCAACACCCGUUAUACACCGAAUCAACAGCAGCAGCAACAGCAACAACAGCAGCAACAACAAUAUAACAUAACAAUUGAAAAAAAAAAUUAAAAAAAAAAAAAAAAAUAAGAAGAAGCAACAAGAAAGGGAAAGAAACCUAGAAACACCACUCCACACCCUCCCUGAAGAAAGGGUGUAGCGAAUGCCGCAAUUUCGAUCGCGACGAAGAAAGACACCGAUGGAUCGACUGCGAGCGAACAAACAUUUUCAACUUGGACGUAUAUCGUUGAUAUAGUUUUGUAAUUUGUAAAACGCGCGGUGUUCGAUCCCCGCCGCUCGAUUGAUUAUUUUCAUUUUUCUUUUUUCCGUGCCUACCACCUACUGAAACGGGGGCAACGAUUUCGUACAGUUGAGAACGCAACGGUUUUCGUUCGCGUCCGUGAGUUUCGCGAAACGGGAAUCGCGACCGCGACGAAUUCGGUGUGAACGAAGCUCAUAACGAGGUGAUAAUCUCGAUCGUGGCCAAAUUCAGUAAUAACGUGUAAAAAGAGACGAGAAGAAAGAAUAGAGGAAAAAAAAAA